AAGAAGUCUUGUCGUACACAACACAGUCUUCUUUUUGAGGUUCAUAAUCCUCUGAAUCUCUCUCUUCUCUCUCUCUCUCUCCUUUACGCGGCCAUCCUUUCUUCUCCGAUUCUCUCUCUACCAAUUCCCCAAUUUCCCUUUUCCAGCAAGAACCCUAAAAAAAUCAGAACAAUUACAGCGUAAUUGUUCUGCAUCUUCUCCCAAAUCGCCAUCUUUAAUUUUUUUUUCUGGAGAUGGCGUCCAUUGGGAUUCAUUCAGUAGCUAAAUUAUUACACCCCUCUUUCCCUUCUUCAACACACAAUUCCAAUCAGAUUAUUUUUUCCCCCAAUCAAUUUCUACCCAUCUCCAAAAACACCAACAAAAUCCCUAAACGGCUUCUAUCAACACCGAUCAAUUCAUCAAAUUCAGCCGUUCUCUCACCUCACCCAGACGAAUUAUCCAUGGCCGCCGAUUCGGAAACCCUAAAAAAAGACGGUGCCUCGUCGCAGAAGAUCGAUUCAUGGGUGCAGGACUCCGUGACCGACAUUGUAAAAAACCUAAAGCAAGCACCUUUACUGGUCCAAAUAUACUCGCAAAACGACGUCGUGACGAUCCAAACGGAAAAGGCGAUUGAGGACAAAUGGCCGCACGUGAGAAACGAGUGGAGAAGCGGGGAAUCGAAAUCGCCAGAUGGGCUGAUUUUUGUGGAGGAAUUAGGGCAGGAGAAUGUGGAUGAAGAAUCUGGGGAAGGUGUGACUAGGGCUUGGGGAAUAGUUGUGCAGGGGAAGGAAUCUGAAUGUGGGCCCGCUUGCUAUUUGCUGAAGACGAGCAAAGUUUGUGGUGGGAUGGGUUUGGGUUUCUGCACACAUUUCUGCUUGAUGAGGGUUAAUAAUUUUAGGGAUACUGCUUUAGAACAAUUCAGAGAUUCUUGGUUGUUGCAGUGAAUUAAAGAUUGUUCUGUAAAUCUCUUGCCUUCUGGGGCUAAAAUUUGUAAUUACAUGUGAAGAGAAAUAUUAAACAAUGGGUUUUUAAUUGAUUUGAUGCUA